AUGGCUGGCGACGGAGAGGACGAGGUCACGAGAUUUGGGCCCAAUCCUCCCCAUGGCCCUGAUGUCUCGGGCACUCAUGCUCCCUUUGAAGACCCUCACCUGGACAUGACCACAAAUGAGAAGGACGUCUUCCGAUACCUCCUCAAGCCCGACGACCUGUACGACGAGAACGGCGUCUACUGGGCUGACCUCCCCAUCAUCAAGCGGGUCAAGUUCGUCAACCAGGUCAACAGACAGGAGACCAAGCGGGAGUUUGCCGCCUUCUGGCAGGUCUUCAAGAACGACCCCCUCGCCCCCGUCGGCUUCUACCUGCGCAACAUGGUUCUUCCCGGUGCUGGUCUCGGUCUCGAAGGUUACGUGCUCUUCUCCAUUGGCAACAUCAAGCCGCUCUUCCAAGCCGCCUUCCCCGACUGCUGGAAAUCCAACAAGAUCUGCAGCAAGACCUGGAUCAACGCCAUCGACUACCUCGAAAUCUGCGGGAUUAUUUGUGGUCAAAUCCUCGUCGGCAUCAUUGGUGACUGGAUCGGUCGUCGUUGGGGGCUGAUCCAGGAUGCCACCAUCAUGUUCAUCGGUCUCAUCAUGCUGGUCUGCGCCUGGGGUGUCACCCAGAACGGAUGGGUCAUCUGCUACGCCUGGUCCCUCUUCUUCUACGGCAUCGGCGUCGGGGGAGAGUAUCCCAUGACCGCCACCUCGGGCAUGGAGAACGCCGUCGGGUCGGGCAAAGUCUCGACCCGAGAAGACCGUCUGCACAGAGGUCGCAAAGUCGUCAGCGCCUUCUUGAUGCAAGGCUGGGGUCAAUUCUUCAACCAGGUCAUCCUCAUCAUCCUGCUCCUGGUCUUCCACCACGGGAGCGGCAACGCCCCCUACUCCAAGGUCGCUGCCCAGUACACCUACCGUGUCUCCUUUGCCAUCCCCGCCGCCGGCACUGCCUGGUUGAUCUACUUCCGUACCUUCAAGAUCAAGGCCAGCGCCAACCGCCAGUUGAGAAUUGCCAAGAAGAAGAACGCCGUCACCGGCUACGACGUGGAAUCCCUCAAGUUGACCUUCUACUACUUCGGUGGUCGUGUCAUCGCCACCGCCGGCACGUGGUACAUGAAUGAUGUCUUCUUCUACGGCAACAAGUUGUUCCAGAGCGAAUUCAUCGGUGUCAUCAUGCCCCACUCCAAGUCCAUCAUGCCCGGCUGGCUCUACAACCUGAUCAACGUCGGUGUCUCGCUCUGCGGCUACUACCUCGCCAGUUUCUUGGUUGACAACAAGCUCUAUGGCCGCAAGCACAUGCAAUCUCUCGGCUUCUUGAUGGACUUUAUCUUCUUCAUCAUCCCCGGUACCCAGCUCAAGUACUACACUUCCAAGGACCACAUCAAGGAGUUCCAGGCCAUGUACUUCUUGUCCUCCUUCUUCCAACAGUUCGGCCCCAACUGCGUCACCUUCCUCGCCGCCGCCGAAGUCUACCCCGUCGCCGUCCGUGCCACCGCCCACGGUUUCUCCGCUGCCGUCGGGAAGUUGGGCGCCUUGACCGCCGCCGUCGGCUACAGCUACUGGUCUACCCAGACCAAAUUCUGGGUUGUCCCGUGGUUCGGUCUUGCCGGUGUCAUCAUCAACGUCCUUUUCAUGCCCGACACCACCGGUCUCGAUCUCAAGGAACAAGAACGCCGCUGGGCCUACAUCCGCGCCGGUCGCGAGAAGGACUACCACGGAAUUGCCAUCCACCCCAAGCAUCUGAGCCUGUGGGAGCGUCUCCGGGGUGUCGGCAAGCCCUACGACCCGGAGCUCGACUUCAAGCAGCGCAUCGAGGAGAUGCGUGGUGAGUGGGAAGCCCGCAUGCAAGCCAGGGCCGAGGAGAAGGAGCUCGACGACCUGGCACAUCCCGACGAUGAGGACUUCCACUCCGAGGUCUCGUCGUACUUCAAGCGCUCCACCAAGUCACCCAACCUCCAGGGGAUGGAGAAUGAGAAGGUUCCCGACGAGGUGGGGUUGCCUCCCCAGAAUGGCGCCAAUGGUAUCUAA